GCCUAUUCGGGCUCUCCCCGGCUUCCGUCCCAGAUGAUCCCUCCCCGCGGCUGCCACCGCCUCCUCCAUCUCCCGGAGCUGGAGCCUCCUCGUCGGCCAGUGGCGUAGCCAACUCGGCGUUGCGACCAGCUAGAUAGGGGCGGAGGUCCAGAACCCAAUCUGGACCCGAGCGGGGGGCCAUGGAGAAAGCGGCCCGAGGCGCCUUCUACACCAACUAGCGCGGGCCCGCUGCGGCUGGAGGCGCCAUGGACCGAGCCCCUGCAGACCAGAAUGUCAAGCUAUCGGCUGAGGUAGAGCCGUUUAUUCCCCAGAAGAAGAAUCCUGAUACAUUUAUGAUCCCUAUGGCUCUCCCAAAUGAUAAUGGAAGUGUUUCUGGUAUAGAACCAACUCCAAUUCCCAGCUACCUGAUUACUUGUUAUCCAUUUGUGCAGGAAAACCAGUCCAAUAGACAGUUUCCUUUAUAUAACAACGAUAUACGAUGGCAGCAGCCCAAUCCAAACCCCACUGGACCAUACCUUGCCUACCCCAUUAUAUCUGCUCAGCCACCUGUUUCUACAGAGUAUACAUAUUACCAGCUGAUGCCAGCACCAUGUGCACAAGUUAUGGGUUUCUAUCAUCCUUUUCCUACACCAUACUCCAGUACCUUUCAGACUCCAAAUACUGUAAAUGCUAUAACCACAGAAUGCACCGAACGUCCACAUCAACUUGGACAGGUCUUCCCGUUGUCCAGUCAUCGAAGCAGAAACAGUAACAGAGGACCUGUGGUACCAAAACAACAGCUUUUACAACAGCACAUAAAAAGCAAAAGGCCACUGGUGAAAAAUGUAGCUACUCAGAAAGAAAUAAAUGCGGCAGGUCCUGAUAAUCGAUCAAAAAUUGUGCUCCUUGUGGAUGCUUCACAGCAAACUGAUUUCCCAUCCGAUAUAGCUAACAAGUCUCUCUCAGAGACCACCGCCACAAUGCUCUGGAAGUCCAAAGGCAGGAGGAGGAGAGCGUCCCACCCCACUGCCGAAUCUUCUAGUGAGCAGGGGGCUAGUGAAGCCGACAUUGACAGCGAUAGUGGUUACUGCAGUCCCAAACACAGCAACAACCAGCCUGCAGCAGGGACUUUGAGAAAUCCUGAUUCUGGGACCACGAAUCAUGUGGAAUCAUCUAUGUGUGCAGGUGGUGUAAAUUGGUCCAAUGUAACUUGCCAGACAACUCAGAAAAAACCUUGGAUGGAAAAAAAUCAGACAUUUUCUAGAGGUGGAAGGCAAACUGAACAAAGAAAUAAUUCACAGGUUGGAUUCAGAUGCCGAGGACACAGUACUUCCUCAGAAAGAAGACAGAAUUUGCAAAAGAGACAAGAUAAUAAGCAUUUAAACCCUAGUCAAUCCCAUAGAAGCGACCCAAAUUCUGAGUCUUUAUAUUUUGAGUUGGAUGAUUUACCUGAAAACUCACCAAUCAAUAUAGUUCAGACUCCAAUUCCCAUUACCACCUCAGUUCCUAAACGUGCAAAAAGUCAGAAGAAGAAAGCAUUAGCAGCAGCCCUUGCCACAGCUCAAGAAUAUUCAGAAAUAAGUAUGGAGCAAAAAAAAUUACAGGAAGCUUUAUCAAAGGCAGCUGGAAAAAAAAAUAAAACACCCGUGCAGCUAGAUUUGGGGGACAUGUUAGCUGCUUUGGAAAAACAGCAACAAGCAAUGAAAGCACGGCAAAUUACUAACACCAGACCUCUGUCAUAUACAGUGGUUACUGCAGCUUCUUUUCACACUAAAGACUCUACUAACAGAAAACCUUUAACAAAAAGUCAGCCUUGUUUGACAUCCUUUAAUUCUGUGGACAUUACUUCCUCUAAAGCAAAAAAAGGAAAAGAGAAGGAAAUUGCAAAACUAAAACGACCCACAGCACUUAAAAAGGUUAUUUUGAAAGAAAGAGAGGAAAAGAAGGGGCGUUUAACUGUGGACCACAAUAUUUUGGGAUCUGAGGAGCCAACAGAAAUGCACUUAGAUUUCAUUGAUGAUUUGCCGCAGGAGAUUGUUUCCCAGGAAGAUACUGGACUGAGCAUGCCCAGUGAUACUUCCCUCUCUCCAGCAAGUCAGAACUCUCCGUACUGCAUGACACCUGUGUCACAAGGCUCUCCUGCUAGUUCUGGAAUAGGCAGUCCAAUGGCAUCUUCAACAAUAACCAAAAUCCACAGCAAGAGAUUUAGAGAAAAACCUUUAACAAAAAGUCAGCCUUGUUUGACAUCCUUUAAUUCUGUGGACAUUACUUCCUCUAAAGCAAAAAAAGGAAAAGAGAAGGAAAUUGCAAAACUAAAACGACCCACAGCACUUAAAAAGAGCCUGUUUAAUAAGUUAGUAGAACUCACGGAGGAAGCCAGAAAGGCGUAUAAAGACAUGGUUGCAGCAAUGGAACAAGAGCAGGCCGAGGAGGCUUUAAAGAAUGUGAAAAAGGUGCCGCACCACAUGGGCCAUUCUCGGAAUCCCUCUGCGGCAAGUGCCAUUUCCUUCUGCAGUGUUAUUUCCGAACCCAUCUCCGAAGUGAAUGAGAAGGAAUAUGAAACAAAUUGGAGAAACAUGGUGGAAACUUCAGACGGACUGGAAACAUCAGAAAAUGAGAGAGAGGUUUCCUGUAAGCACAACACUUCUGAAAAACCCAGUAAACUUCCACUUGACACAACCCCUGUUGGUAAGCAGCCAUCCGUAGUGGCUGCCGGCAGUACUACCUCAGCUGCAAAUGCUGGGAAAUCCACAGCAAGCGACAAAGAGGAAGUGAAGCCAGACGACUUGGAAUGGGCCUCACAGCAGAGCACAGAGACUGGCUCCUUGGAUGGCAGUUGCCGAGAUCUUUUGAAUUCCUCCAUCACCAGCACCACCAGCACUCUCGUCCCUGGCAUGCUUGAAGAAGAGGACGAUGAAGACGAGGAGGAAGAGGAAGAUUAUACUCAUGAACCCAUAUCUGUAGAAGUGCAACUCAAUAGUAGAAUUGAGUCUUGGGUCUCAGAGACCCAGAGAACUAUGGAAACCCUUCAGCUUGGAAAAACCCUCAAUGGUUCUGAGGAAGACAAUGUAGAGCAGAGUGGAGAAGAGGAAGCAGAGGCGCCUGAGGUGCUGGAGCCAGGGAUGCGCAGUGAGGCCUGGACUGCUGACCCGCAAGCCGGUCCCGAGCAGCAGAAGCCCAGCAGCUGCAGCUCCAUGAAGAAGGAGCACUCUGAUUCUAAUGCCACACCCCAAAACACAUAACUCAGGAAACGUCCACUGUCUGUCUCCAACUGUGUAAGGGUUGCAGCCAUUACCUUUUAUGCUUCAUCUCAACAUUUUGCACUGUCCAGUAUUUAAUAUAUGUAUUUAAUUCCUGACAGAAAUAUUUUUGUAGCUUUUACUUGUUUUGUUAUGAUCUAUAGCUUAACUUUUAAUUAGCUUCUAAGUGUCUUUCUAAGAACUGUUGAAAAUCUAGAUCUGUUUCAACUUACUUUGUAAUGGAAAA